CCCUCCACUCCUCUCACCACCACCAACACCGCCGCCCCUCCUCCUCAUCAAGGCGAUUCCUGAUCCCGGACCCGAUCGCCAGCUCGCUCACACUCCACGCGUCCAGCUGCAACGGUUUCUCUUCCGGCGCGUACCAAACUUCGCCUGCUUCUUGCAGCAGCAGCAGCAAUGGCGGACGGCGGGGAGUGCGGCGCGCGGGCGCAGCUGGUCUCGGAGCUGUGCCGCGUGCAGGACCUGGUGCGCCGGCUCGAGCUGCUGCUGCACGCGCCCUCGGACGCCGCCUCCGUCGACCUCUGCCACCGCCUCGUCCACGAGAUCGUCGCGCUCACCGACCGCUCCAUCGGCAUGGCCCGCUCCCCGGACCUCGCCGCGCAUUUCCUCCUCCCCGCCGCGCAGCAGCAGCAGCCGCUCUCCGGCGCGCCCAGCCCCCUGAGCGACGCCGGCUCCGAGCAGCCGUUCCGGGGCGCCAGCCCCAAGAAGCGCAAGGCCACGGCGCGCUGGACCAGCCAGCAGGUGCGCGUCGCCGCGGCGGGCGGCGGCGCCGCCGAGGGGUCGCCGAUGUCGGCGAUGAUGCUCGCCAUGUUCGCCACCAUGGCCUCCUUCUACGUCGCCGGCCGAUUGUGGCAGGAUGCUCAGAACAGAGUUUACCUCAUUAAGGAGCUCGACAGACGAACAGGCCAGGGGCAAUCGGCAAUAUCUGUUGAUGAUACCUUGAAGGUUGUUGCAUGCAGGCAGCAAGGGAAGAGGUUGGCAUCACUUGAGAUGGAGCUGGCUGCAGCAAAGCAUGAAGGUUUUGUGGGGAAAUACUCCCCUGAGACAAAUGGAACUCAUUCUAGAAAGAAGCCACUGAUUGUCAUUGGAAUAAUGAGUAGCUUUGGCCGGAAAAACUACCGUGAUGCUGUCAGGAAAUCAUGGCUUCCGACAGGUUCAAUGCUGAGGAAACUAGAAGAAGAAAAAGGCAUUGUAGUACGUUUCAUAGUUGGAAGAAGUGCAAAUCGAGGAGAUACUUUUGAUAGGGAGAUUGAUGACGAAAAUAGGAGCACUAGGGACUUCUUGAUCUUGGAUGAUCAUAUAGAGUCUGAUGAAGAACUCCCUAAGAAGACAAAAAGUUUCUUUGCUAAUGCGGCAGAGACAUUCGAUGCUGCAUUUUACGCUAAGGUCAAUGAUGAUAUAUACAUAAAUGUUGAUACUUUGAGUGCAAUGCUUGAAACUCACUGGGACAAGCCCCGUGUCUACAUAGGCUGCAUGAAAUCUGGCGAAGUUUUUUCUGACUCAACCCACAAGUGGUAUGAACCAGACUGGUGGAAAUUUGGUGAUGGGAAAUCGUAUUUCCGACAUGCUUCUGGUGAAAUGUUUGUCAUAUCGAGGGCUGUAGCUCAGUUCAUUUCUAUAAACAAGUCUGUUCUCCGGACAUAUGCCCAUGAUGAUGUUAGUGUAGGAUCGUGGAUGGUUGGGCUUGCUGUGAAGCAUGUAAAUGAAGCAAAAUUGUGUUGUUCAUCUUGGCCCUCAGGUGCGAUGUGUUCGGCCCUAUGAUGAACAACGCAUACUGAGGGAGAAUUUUGCAAACAGCGUGUUAGGCUCACUAGUGUGGUGGACGAUACAUACAAUGUGCGUAGAAUGAGAUUGGAUUGGCAUGGAGAAAAUUUUGUUUUUCUUCUGCCAUUUUUUUGUGACAUCCUUUGGAGGAAGCUUGUGCCAGUUCAUACAGAAUCAGAUACCUUGUUUUCCAAAAGGAAAGGUCUUGCAUAUUUUCUUUGCAAGAGCGAAAUACUGGACUCAGGAGUUCUAACGAAUACCCGUCUGCCGACUGUAUCCUGGUUUUGCUUGCCAUUUGUAGAUGCCCACCCUUACCAUUCUUUUUCUGACAGACACUGCCAUUGUUGGAGUGACAGAAAUCAAUAGCAAUUCAGGAAAUUAUUUUGCUCCGUAGAAUACAUGUCAAAUGUGUGUCUUCAGACUUGUUACCAUGGUUGUGGAUUUUGAUACAUACAUAAGUGAUAAGGAUACCAUUUUGAAGUCAA